AACAAAAGCCACGGUACGCCUCUUCUCACAGCCUGGAGUGCUUGCACAAUACAGUAACAACUUUACACAGCUCUCAAGAAUUUACUUGGAACCCUCCUUUUAUCACAGCAACCUCCAGCAGCCUGCUUGAACUUGAAAGAUGUUGGUCGUCAAACAGUGGAUGUCAUUUCUCUUGAAGAUCUCGAUGUUUUUUGUCACAAUGAAGUUUGCCACCGCAACCAGCUUUUCAGACCUUUCAAUUGGAGGCAGAGGUGCGGUCACAAAUAAGCUCACAAGAAUAGGAAGACCGGCCCUGACUUUUGUCAAGAAUUUUCAAAUUUCUGAAGGAAAGCCUCAGUAUUCAAGUACAACUCGUGGGAAGAAACCAAAGUUCUGCAAUGAACUUGACUGCCCUGACUACACAGUUGUCAGUGAAACUGAUAGGAGAAAAUUACCAUGACUGCCCCAGUCCUGGACCGGAUUAUUCCGGGGCAGGGCCCAGCCUGUGAGAACAACUUCACCAUGUCCUUCUACAUGUCCACCUCCGUCAAGGAUCCCCCACAACCAAGUGACAAAACUGUAUACCUGAGUUCAUUGCCCGAACAGAGAGUAUUUGUGAAGGCGUUUGGUGGAUAUGCUUCUCAAUCUGAUUGGCUGAAAAAUGCAAAGGAAUUGGCCAUGGCAUUGCUGAAGGAUGGAAAAAAGUUUGACAAAGACUACUUCUACUCUGCAGGCUAUGACAGUCCAUUUAGAAUCCUGGACAGGCACAAUGAAGUGUGGUACAUUGCUCAAGAGUAAAUGCCAUUACGAUGGGAAGGGAAAUUAAAUGAUUGUGCAUUCAUUUUUGUUUCUGUCAUAUAACCUUUCCUAGGGCGGCUGAAAUCAGUGAUGAAAUUUGUUUGUAUUUCUGUUGUUUAGUUAAUUAGUUGUUUUUUCUUACCAGACCUAUUCCCUUGAUUUCCUUCCCUUUGAUGUUUUUUUUAUGUUAUAUAGAUUUGUAGGCCUCAUUAUACUUUUUGGGCAGUGUACGAAGAGAGAUUUUUUCUGAGUCCUUUAGUAGCUGCCAAAGGAAAUUGUCUUGUUUUAAAUCCGUUUGCUCUUGAAACUAUUAAAAAUACUCACUCAUUUAUCUACAGUCUCUUGAGGUCCAUCCAUGGAUACUUGUCUACUUAAAUUACAUUACAUGGAUAAAAAUGAGGGCUGUAUGGAUUUGGGUACUUUGUGUGGUUUUAUUUUUUUGUACAGCUGCACAUGUGCGGAAGCAUUCUUCUCAACAGUUUGCAUUGUUUUGGAGAUUGAGCAUAGAUCUGACAUUGGGAUCUGGUUUGCUGAAAGAGUUAGUUGUUGAAAACACGUUUUAAAUCUGUUUACAUCAGAUCUAAGUUCUGUGAAGAAGGUGGCUUUUUAAAAAAUCGCUCAGUUUAUAUAACAUCAUAUUUUAGUGGUAAAGAAAUCAACUGAAGAAUUUUAUAGAUACUCGGUCUCAUAAGAAAUAUUAUAUAUAUAUAUAUAUAUAUAUAUAAUGUAUGCAAGUAUAUGCAAGUACAAUCACAUUCCAGUGUAUUCAAGAUUUAUUAACAUUAAUUGUAGCUGUAAGUGUCAUAGUACACAAAAACAGGGUGUUGGUGUCUUGAAAUUUAUCUCAUAUUUUAAUUAUUUCUGUACUAACGUUUUCAUGAUGUAUGAUAGUGGAUUACAAGACUGAAUAUGUAUAAGUGUUGUUGAUUGGUCUUUGAUCUUUUAGUUACACCCUCUCUUGUUCCUCUAUGAUAUUACUUUAUAAGUCAAAAUACCUCAUUUUUCCUGUUGUUUUUAGAAUUUGAUCUCACACUAAAGUUUGAAGAAAUGUUAAUUGUUGUUACGAUUGUUUCAGACUUUGUCCGGGGACGCUUUUAUUGUAAAAUUGAAUUGGUUUAAUUUUUAUAUUCUGUGCAAAAAUGUUAAACUUGUUUAACUCAUUCAGGACACAAUUUUUUUCAGCUGUUGAAACCAUUUGGAUGUAAUUUUCUUACUCCACGAAUCAUUUUGAAGAUAUCAUAUACGGAAAUAAAAAACGGCUUUUACAGAUGGUGUAGUAAAUAUUGUAGAGGCAGCUAGUUAUCAUUGAAAAGCUUGUUGAAUUCUGAUGUUCACAGAUAUUACAAAAGCAAUAGAAUAAUGAAACAAACUUUUUAAAUUGCUGAUAUAUAUUAUAUCAUUUGUUAUGUUCGAAAGAACCAAUCUGAAACGAGAAGUUAUAAUAGGGGUGGAGGAACGUGCAUUGUUCCUGUCAAUCUAUUCAAAAGCGUAUGUAAGACUGCGAGAAGAAUUAUAAUGAUGGAUGAGACGAGUCCAUUUAAGUUUUCUUAUGUCGUCAUCAGAUCUAAAUAUGUUAUGUUUGAAAAUUUAAACCAAGUAAUGGCUAACAUCACACUGCGUUCCAACGGUUAAGUAGUGGUAGAUCUACAUGCAAAAGAGUUAUAGUAAAAUGUGAAGUAAGUGGCAUUUUUUCACCAUUAGUAUGCAUUAUGCUGUCCAAGGGGUUUUAUACACCCCACAUAAUUUAGCCAAAUUUGAUCAUUUUUUGCAUAAUUUCUGAUUAUUUUCCUUUAUCAUUCUUUUUUAAAAUUAAUAGAAUCGCAUAAUUUCACAUUUUUGGGCUCAAUUUGCAUAAUUUCAGAUUUUAUUUGGGCUUCUUGAGUAGACUUAAUGACAAACUUUCAAUGAACCUCAAAUUAAUCAGUCAUUAGUUGUAGUUUCAAUUUAGAAGCAAAUAGAGUCUUUUCAAAUGUCAACAUGCUUAACAUUUGGGCUCAUCAUGAGGUCUAUCUUCUGUUUAGAAUCUAUCAGUAGAAGUAAUAGUGAUGUUUAACAGGAGGAGUUACCCUUGAGGACAAUUUUCUAUGUCUGUUGCUCGAGAUCAAAUCUAAGUACACGUAUAAGUUAGACAUAGUAAAAUCUCUUGAUGCGCAAUUUUAUUUUGGCAUAGGUACAGCGGUUGCUAUGGAAACGGCCGCCAUCUUGAAAAUAAACAAUGGAUUUCAUAUUCCUAAGGCUUUCUUAUUUAUUGACCAAAUUUGACCAAAUUUGGUGAGAGUAUACCUGAACUAGACCCUAUCAGAGUAACAGUAAGUUUUUUCUAUAAGUGCUAAAGAGAAAAAAAUAUGAGAAUUUUCCCGAAGUAUAAAAAACUUUUUCUACCUUCAGAUUGCGUAAUCACUUGCCAAUGGAAAAGUGUUAUUUCUUUUCUCAAAUGUCUAUCUGUUACAUUGAUGGCAGGUUUGCCAUCUAUGUUUCCUAAAACUUGCUUGUCAAAAGGAUGAAAGUCAAAUAAGGAGUAGGGAAAAAACUGCAAAAAAA